CGCGGCACGAUCAGUAUGUACAUACGUACGGUAAUACCAUUAGUACGGUAUCAUCAUUAAAAAUUCCACGAAUAUGGCUUCCCCAGCGCCGAAAUCGCCUGAACAAUCAGAGAGGACACGAAAAUAUGACCGUCAAUUGAGAUUGUGGGGAGAUCAUGGACAAGCUUCCCUAGAAGGAGCACAUGUUUGUCUUAUAAACGCGACUGGGCUAGGAACUGAGAUUUUGAAAUCCCUUGUACUGCCUGGAAUUGGGUCCUUCACAAUUGUGGAUAGUAAGAAAGUCACAGAUGACGACAUUGGUACUAAUUUUUUCCUUGAUAUAGAGAGCAUAGGAAAAUCUAGGGCUCAAAUUGCCACACAAGCGUUGCUAGAGCUGAACUCUGAUGCAAGAGGGGAUUAUGUCGAUGAGGGACCCGAACAAAUUUUAUCUAACAGCCCAGAAUUUUUUAAUAACUUCACCGUCGUCAUCACCACUGCACUACCAGAAAAGAGCCUGAUACUAUUAUCUAAAAUACUUUGGGACUUGAAUAUACCCCUGAUAGUCUGCAGAAGUUUAGGGUUUGCUGCAUACAUGCGAGUACAAGUUAAGGAGCACACUGUAAUGGAAAUGCAUUCAGAUAAUGAGACUCCAGAUCUACGUCUAGACAACCCUUUCGAGGCAUUGAAAAAUCAUUUUGAUUCAAUAAACUUGGAUGAAAUGGAUUUAAAAGAUCAUGCACAUGUUCCUUAUGUUGUAAUACUUUACAAGUAUCUUGAGAAAUGGAUACAGAAACACGGAAAUGUCCCGAAAAAUUAUAAAGAAAAACAGCAGCUGAGAGACAUGAUCAGAGGUGGGAUCAGAAAGGAUGAGCAUGGCAAUCCUAUUGACGAAGAAAAUUUUGAGGAAGCGAUAAGAGCUGUGAACACAAGUGUUGGCCACAGUGCCGUGCCUGCCAGUGUUAUGGAGGUUCUUAAUGAUGACUGCUGCAUCAAUCUUACUGCAAAGAGUCAUUCUUUUUGGAUUAUUGCCAAGGCUGUGAGAGAUUUCAUGGAGAAUGAGGGCUCAAAUUUGCUACCUCUCAAAGGCGCCGUUCCGGACAUGACUGCAGACACGGAAAAAUAUAUAUCACUACAGCAAACGUAUCACAAACAAGCUGCCGCUGAUUCGGAAGCAGUGUGGAGAAGAACGUUUCAUUUACUUAGGCAGCUAGGUCGUCCAUCAGAUGCAAUAACGGAAAAGGAUGUGAAAUUAUUCUGUAGACACGCCUCGGAUAUUCAUGUUCAGCGAGGAACGUCUAUAGCCGAUGAAUACGACCCAAAAACUAUAAACGCUAGCAAAAUAUCUCAAAGUUUGGAAAAUCCAGAGAGCUUGAUGGUGUACUACGUCGUGCUUAGGGGUAUUGAGAAAUUUCAGAGCGAGUACAAUUCCUAUCCCGGCGAAUUCGAUGAUCACGUUGAACCGGAUAUCGUGAAACUGAAGGCUUGUAUCUCAAAACUGCUUGCCGAGUGGGGCUGUGGACCUUUGGCUAAGGAUGACUAUGUUCAUGAAUUUUGUCGAUAUGGAGGAGCAGAGCUGCAUUCCGUAUCAGCAUUUCUAGGUGGGUUAGCUGCACAAGAGACCAUUAAAUUUAUCACUCAUCAGUACAGGCCGAUUCAUAAUACUUUCAUACAUGAUGCGGUCACAUCAAAUUCUGCUAGCUUCCUCUUCUGAUCGAGCGUUCAUAAUGUACGUGUGUCAUGAAAUCCCACUAUAAUUAUGUAAUUGAAGUAGCUACUUCUAUAAAUUGAUGAUAAUUGGGUGACCUAGGGUGGACCAUGGAUCGCAGACUUGUAUGAAAAAAGAUUUUAUUAGCUAUGAACAAUUUCAUUUCGCUUCAAGAUAAUUUGGUUGACCAGUGACACAAGUUGAUGAUAUUAUCGUUUCUCUGUGUAAUAACUUAAAUUAGAAUACAUUGGUAAAUUGGUCUGAGAGUAUAAAA